UUGAGUAAAUUGCUCGGUAACAGCAAGUGUUAACCAUCUUGUAUCGUCAACUUGUUUUUGCCGAAUACAACCGUUACUUCAGCGUUGAAACUUGGCUGAGCAACUUGCACAACAGACAAAACACUAUGGAAGUCAGGCCUACUUUGGCACUCGCAACAUUGAUCUGCUGGAUAGGUUUGGUCUCUGCACCUCUUGAAGAUGGCACCCUUACCAGUGAUGAUCUACUCGGGAUGCCAGGCGUGAUAGUUUCGAAUAGAAAGGGUCGACUUGAGGAUAUGGUACCCCCUUGUAGCGGUGGAAGGUGUUCUGUACAGGUUGUACGAGCGCCCCAGAACCAGCAACAAGUUGUACGAGCGCCCCAGAACCAGCAACAAGGCUGGAUUGGUUUUGGCACACUCCCGAUUCGCAAAGUAUUUUCAUAUGGCCAGAGCGUGGCUGGAUAUCCAAUUCGCGUAUUAUCCAGUGUUCGUACAUUUCCACAGUCUUCCGUUCUAUCUGGUCUUCUGAAUGGAGGCUCAGCCAACACGGCUACAACAUACCCGCCAGCGACCUCAGCAUACCCAAUAGGGACCCCUUACAAUCCGCUUCUUUCCACUUCAUUUGGUUUUGGGAAUAGAGGCUCAGACGUCCCAACUUCAUACCCGUCACGGACCCCUUCGAAUUUGCCUCAUUCCACUUCAACGGGCUAUGGGGGAACAGAUUCUUACGCCAUGCCUAUAUACUCUACAUACUCGCGAGGGACAACACCUCCUUCUCCUCAACCUCAACUAACCAAACAGCCAUCUAGCUUCAGAUUCCCUUGGGCUCAACAGCCUUCUCCUCAACCUCAACUAACCAAACAGCCAUCUAGCUUCAGAUUACCUUGGGCUCAACAGGACAAACCUAUGGAGCCUUCUACACCAUCGUCUAAUAGGCCUCUCUGGGGCCCAACUAAACUUGCACAGGACAAACCCGCAACCGCAGUGCCUUCUACACCAUUGCCUGGUAGUACGUCUUCGGGAGGUUCGCGGGAACAAUCUUAUCCUAAUCCGGAAACAGCAAGACAACAAUACCAAACAAGAAAACCAGCUGGUGGUUUUAACUUUGGUAGCUUCGGAAGGUCAGGAGGUGGAAAACAGGAGGAAGAAACAUCAACAGCAGCAACUACGUCCCACCAGGGGGAACCAACAAGACAACGACAAUACCAAACCGGAAAACCAGCUGGUGGAUCUAACUUUGGUAGCUUUAGAAGCUCAGGAGGUGGAAAACAGGAGGAACAAACAUCAACAGCAGCAACUACGCCCGACCAGGGGGUCCUAUCUACACAAGCUGAGAAACUUGCCGAAGCCAUACUUAGAAACGUUAAAACACUUAAUCGGAAUCAAAUAUCCAGCUUAGUUAGUUCGAGAACACUAACAGAAAAGCUGAUGGAUCUCUGCACGGAAACAAUGGAUGAGCAAAAUACUAUGGAAAUACUGAGAGCUCUGAAAAAACAGGAUCCGUCCCUCAUCAAAGUCUACUACCCGGUGAGAGAAGAAGUUAAGUCAAAAGUGAUACAACAUUUGGUAGAUCAAGGUCUGAGAGGAGAUUGUUCUGAUCCCUUUGUUACCGGAUUUUGGGAGAUCAUUCGCACCAAACUCGUCUUGUUGAAGUUGAAACAACAAUAACUUUUGGUUAACUUAACAACGCCAAAUCCUCACCUUUUUUGAGUGCGCAUAAUGCAAUAUAUGGAUAAUACAAUAAAUAAACUAUUAUCAAUCUUUUA